GACUGCAACUACCUACCUUUCACAUAAAUACCUCACCAAGUCUCUCUCUCGUUCGUAUUUCCAUUAACAGGGAGUUGAGGUGUUUUUGCCUUACGUAGAGUGAGAGAAAAUGGCAAGUUCUGGUGUAGCACUUGAGGACGUACCUUCGGUUGAUAUUAUGACCGAACUCCUCCGCCGCUUCAAGUGCUCUUCCAAGCCUGAUAAGCGUCUUGUUCUCAUUGGUCCGCCUGGCUCGGGGAAGGGUACACAGUCACCCAUUAUCAAAGAUGACUAUUGUUUGUGCCACUUGGCCACUGGUGAUAUGCUCAGAGCUGCAGUUGCUGCUAAGACUCCCCUUGGAGUUAAGGCCAAAGAAGCCAUGGAUAAAGGAGAACUUGUAUCUGAUGAUUUGGUUGUUGGGAUAAUUGAUGAAGCAAUGAAGAAGCCAUCAUGUGAAAAAGGUUUCAUUUUGGAUGGGUUUCCGAGGACAGUUGUUCAAGCUCAGAAGCUUGAUGAGAUGCUUCAGAAGCAGGGAACUAAAAUUGAUAAGGUCCUCGACUUUGCAAUUGAUGAUGCUAUAUUGGAAGAAAGGAUUACUGGUCGUUGGAUCCAUCCUUCCAGUGGACGGACUUACCACACCAAAUUUGCACCGCCCAGAGUUUCUGGUGUUGAUGAUGUUACUGGGGAGCCUCUGAUUCAACGAAAAGAUGACACCCCAGAAGUUCUGAAGUCAAGGCUGGAUGCAUUUCACAAGCAAACUGAACCUGUUAUUGAUUAUUAUGCGAAGAAAGGUGUUCUUGCACAGCUUCACGCAGAGAAACCCCCGAAAGAUGUAACUGCUGAGGUUCAGAAGGUUCUCUCUUCAUAAGAGUGACCUAUGUUUUCUAGAGUAGCUCAUAUUUCGUCUGAUACAUUGUCAGAUGGGCUAAUCAGUGGUUCCUCCCAAUUUUCAUUUAAGAUACCGAUUUCAAUACUGUUUAUCGAGUCUUUGGAGUAUUUUGUGUUAGUUACCCAAUAAAAAUUUUGUACCAAACAUGAGAAUUUGCUGUAAUGCUAAAAAUUUGUUGCUUUGGUUAAA